UUGUCAGGGGACAGGUGCAGCACCGACGGUGCUCGAGCGCCUCGAUCCCCAAAGUUUGCAUCACUGGCCGGGGGGAAAUUGCUCUCCCGCCGGGUAUUCGGUUUUCCAUUAGCUCGAAUACGCAAUGCCGAUUGAUCAGAAACGUAUUAAUGGGCCGGACGCCUCCACGCCGUAUGAUAUUUAUAUUCACUCCGAAGUGAAAGACGAUGGAAUACAACUUAAUGCCCCAAAGAGAAUCGAUGGCCGUUCGGACGGCGAGCUCAGAGACAUAUUUGUAAAAACGGGCAUAGUCAGUCAGGCAAAAGGUUCCGCGUAUAUCGAGAUGGGCAACACCAAGGUCAUCUGCUCAGUGUUUGAUCCUAGAGAGAUACCGAACAAGAGCGGCUACUGCAUGCAGGGGGAACUGUUUUGCGAAUUCAAAUUCGCACCCUUCUCUCAUCGAAAGCGGAAAUUGCAUCAGCAGGACGCAGAGGAAAAGGAGUACAGCUUAAUACUGCAGAGGGCUUUAGAACCAGCUGUGUGUCUGCAAGAGUUCCCCAAUUUUCAAGUCGACGUCUACGCGACAGUCCUUGAUAAUGGGGGAUCUGCGCUGGCUGCGGCGAUAAUGGCAGCUAGUUUAGCUUUGGCAAACGCUGGAGUGCCGAUGUUUGGCCUAGUCACUGCGUCCACUGUUGGCAUAUGUGGUCGGACAUACCUAGUGGAUCCAACGGAGACAGAAGAGACUUUUUGUUCCACAAAGGCCGUGCCAGGCACGACGGACGAUCAUGGAAUCAUCGUGCAAGCUACUCUCCCACAGCACGGCCAGAUCUCCGAGAUAUUCGUAGUGGGCAGCAUUGACAUCGAUACUAUUGAACGUUCCAUGAAUCUUUUGAGCAGUGUACACAACGACAUAUGUCCCUUGCUAGAGCAAUGUCUCGUAAAAACUGUGUUCAAAGCGUUUCGCGAGCGCUCGAACAGUAAAAAAACAGAUAAAGAAUAAAGGUAAAAAUUUUUCAUCGUUAUUUUCUCAUUCUCAUUUUUGUAUCGACCUUCACUAAAUAAACGAGCGUUUAACGAGA